AUGUCUUCUGCAUCUGUUGUCCCGGUUCUGGACUUCUCCCUGGUCCAUACACCAAAGGGUAGACAGGCCUUCUUGGACUCCAUGCUGGCAGCCUUACGUGAUGUAGGGCUCUUCUACUUAAAAAAUCACCCCGUGCAAGCCUCAUUGUUUGAAGAAGCUCGACAAGAAUGUGACGCAUUCUUCAGUCUUCCCGAUGUGGACAAGGCCGAAAUCGACAUUGCGAAUGUCCCCAGCUUCCUCGGCUAUACCAAGCUCGGGUCAGAGGUAACUGCCAACCGUACCGACUGGCGAGAACAUCUUACCAUCUCAACACCACACCCUGCCCCGACGGGCGGGCCAGCCUAUCUGAACCUUCUCGCACCCAACCAGUGGCCUUCACCGGACAGGCUUCCACGUUUCCGCACCGUAUACGAACAAUGGAUCGAGCAAGUAUCCGAUGUCUCCAACACAAUGCGCAACCUGGUGAGCGAAGCCAUGGGAAUCGACCCAGAACUGGUGAGCCGGUUCUUCCAGAACCAGCAGCACCGUCUUCGUCUCAUGAAAUAUCCGGAAAUCCCAACCUCGCAAGCAACCGACAAAGAGCAAGUGGGGUUGGGCGCUCACCGAGACAAGGGAUUCUCCACACUGAUUUUCCAAGCCUCCCCCCAUCGUUGCUUGCAGGUGCAAACACGCGAGGGGGUAUGGAUUGACGCUCCCCCCCUUGACAAUACAUUUGUCUUCGUUGCCGGUCAAGCCCUGGAAGCGAUGACCCAUGGGAUCUGUAAGGCUCCCUGGCACCGGGUUGUGACUCCCCCUCCUGGCCUGGGCCCCCGUUAUAGCAUUGCGGUGGGCACGGGUAUUGGCAUGGAUACCGCUGUGGCGGCAAAGGAGACCCAGGAAGCGCUGAACACACUGCGCGACGAUAUCUUGCAGCGUUUCCCCGAUGCACGCGAUGAGUUCCGGACGUUUCUCGCUGGCACCAGGGACGGCGAGAGCGUCGGGACCCAGUACCUAGCUCAGUACCUUGCUAGCCACCCCGAUAUUGCCACCAGAUGGUACCCACAAUAUUCUACGCCCACUUGCAAAAUAUAG